AGCGGCAGUGGCCAGGGCGCCCGGGCAGCUGCAAAGUUUUGCCACACUUGCGCGGCUGCGGUGCCCGGCUGCUGGCCGCCGCUGAGCGGCUGCCUGGAGGGGCUUCGGCUUCGUUUCUCCAUUUGUUUGAGGUUCUUCUAGUCAAGAGAGCUAUUCGCCUGGCCGGCGGCGGCAGCGGGAUCAAGAAACUUGGGGCUGUGCGUAGAGACCCCGCGCAGGAGCUUCCGGGCCCUGAGCGAGCAGCUCGGCUUUGCUUUUCGCAGCCACGGACCUUCGAGCCGGCAGCUCAGCAUCCCGCCUCCUGCCGGUUCAGAUCGCAGAGCUUCCUUUGGAGCGUGUGGGUGGGUGUAGGGACAGCAGGGAUUGGGGGCAGUCCAGCGGCCUGGGGGAGCGCGGGAAGCUCCCCUCUCUAUGGAGGGAGCGCAGGAUGGUGUGCACCAGGAAGACCAAAACUUUGGUGUCCACCUGCGUGAUCCUGAGCGGCAUGACCAACAUCAUCUGCCUGCUUUACGUGGGCUGGGUCACCAACUAUAUCGCCAGCGUCUAUGUCCGGGUGCAGGAGCCGGUGCCCGACAAGAAGCACGAGGAAAAAGGGGACACGCUGAGGAUCAUCGAGCGUCUGGACCACCUGGAGAAUGUCAUCAAACAGCACAUUCAAGAGGCCCCUGCCAAACCCGAGGAAAAUGCUGCUGAGGCCUUCACAGACUCCUCCCUCUUUGCCCACUGGGGCCAAGACCUCAGCCCGGAAAGCAGGCGCAUCGCCCUGAAGCAGUUCCAAUACUAUGGCUACAAUGCUUAUCUCAGUGACCGCCUGCCUCUGGAUAGGCCCCUGCCUGACCUCCGUCCCAAUGGGUGCCGGAAUCUUUCCUUUCCUGAUAGCCUCCCGGAGGUCAGCAUUGUUUUUAUCUUUGUUAAUGAGGCUCUCUCUGUGAUCCUGAGAUCCAUUCACUCUGCUAUUGACCGGACUCCUCCUCAUCUACUCAAGGAGAUCAUUCUGGUGGAUGAUAACAGCAGUAAUGAAGAACUCAAAGAGAAGCUGAAAGACUAUGUGGACAAAGUGAAUGCUCACAAGCCUGGCUUCAUUAAGGUCGUCCGCCAUAGCAAGCAAGAAGGCCUGAUCCGUUCCCGUGUAAGCGGCUGGAGAGCAGCCACAGCUCCAGUGGUCGCUCUCUUUGAUGCCCAUGUGGAGUUCAAUGUUGGCUGGGCAGAACCUGUGCUCACCAGGAUAAAAGAAAACCGGAAGCGGAUCAUUUCUCCAUCCUUCGACAAUAUCAAAUAUGAUAAUUUUGAGAUUGAAGAGUAUCCCCUGGCUGCACAAGGCUUUGACUGGGAGCUGUGGUGUCGCUAUUUAAAUCCUCCCAAGUCCUGGUGGAAGUUGGAGAAUUCAACUGCUCCAAUAAGGAGCCCAGCCCUCAUUGGCUGCUUUAUUGUGGACAGGCAAUAUUUCCAGGAGAUCGGCUUAUUGGAUGAAGGAAUGGAGAUCUAUGGAGGAGAAAAUGUGGAGCUGGGCAUCAGGGUGUGGCAGUGCGGUGGGAGUGUGGAGGUCCUGCCCUGCUCCAGAAUAGCCCAUAUCGAACGAGCCCACAAGCCCUACGCUGAGGACCUCACAGCCCACGUCCGCAGAAAUGCUCUAAGGGUGGCUGAAGUCUGGAUGGAUGAAUUUAAGAGCCACGUCUACAUGGCAUGGAAUAUCCCCAUAGAGGAUUCAGGAAUUGAUAUUGGUGACAUUUCUACAAGGAAAGCCCUGAGGAAAAAACUGCAGUGUAAGACAUUCCGGUGGUAUCUUGUCAGUGUGUACCCAGAAAUGAGGAUGUACUCAGACAUCAUUGCAUAUGGGGUGCUGCAGAAUUCCCUGAAGAGUGACUUAUGUCUCGAUCAAGGACCAGAUACAGAAAAUGUUCCUAUCAUGUACUUGUGUCACGGCAUGACCCCGCAGAAUGUGUAUUACACAAGCAGUCAGCAGCUCCAGCUAGGCGUCCUGAGUCCCACUGUCGAUGAUGACGACAACAGGUGUCUGGUGGAUGUGAACAGUCGGCCCCGGCUCAUUGAAUGCAGUUAUGCCAAAGCCAAGAGAAUGAAACUUCACUGGCACUUUUCUCAGGAAGGACCCAUCCAGAACCAGAGAUCCAAGCGUUGCCUAGAGCUGCAGGAAAACAGCGACAAUGAGUUUGGGUUCCAGCUGGUGCUGCAGAAGUGCUCUGGCCAGCACUGGUCCAUCACCAACAUCCUGCAGAGCUUGUCCUCCUGACCAGCCCUGGGGAGGGAGGGGAGCCUCUCCCUCCCAUCUUCUGCUACUGUGUAGCGCGUGUUGCCUGCUCUACUGUAUUCUUUUCUUGGGGUUUUCCAUGUGGAAGCUGGGCUUGUAGGCUGAGAAAAAAGACUCAUUUCCUAUUCAAUUUUCAUGGAGUUUAUAGAAAGAUGUCGAACAGUGGGUGAGGGUGGAAGGUCAUAAACUAUUUUACAACUGUACAUAGGGAACAAAUGGAGACUAUUUAUAACUGACAAUAAAAU